AUGAAUGAACAAAACUUGGAUUCUUAUUCUGUUUUAGGAAAAUGGGACAGAAGUGAAAUGAACUAUUAUGAUUCACAAAAUUGUUGCGAACUAUAUACGGGAAGAAGAUGGCUUCUUCUGGAUGGAGGCUAUUUGAGAAUUGUUGAUAGUACUCUUGCUCUGCUUGAUGUUGUCUUGGACAUAAAGCAGGAAAUGCCUUUAUACAAGAGAGUAAUUAGUGAAUAUCGGUUGCUCAUUGGUGGAGUAUCUGAUUUUAUCUUUAAUCUGUAUUUAAUUUUGUGCCCAAACAUAGAAAGACUUGAUGCUCGAUUCACUGCUUUAUCAGGAAAAGCCUUUCAGGGUCUUGCUGCUUAUGGUUCAUGUCGCAAAAUUAAAGGAUUGAAUUUAAUGGGCUGUAAACGAGUUACUGAUGCAACACUGUGCAAUCUUGUUGAAUGCUGGUCCAUAAAGCCUGUGAAAUCAACAGAGGAGGAAGUUGCUGAAAAGUCCAUUGAAGUGCCAUAUUGUGCAGUGUAUGUUCAUGAUGUCUGCUCAGGUUUCAUUACUGUAGAUGAUUAUGUGUCUGAAACUUGUGAUGUAGAUCCAUAUAAAAGAAAUAUUAUGACCUUUGUAUGCCCACCAAACGCUGAAACCCUCUCUUCUGGUCUAAAAUUUCUUAGUUUGGCUGGCUGCACACAAAUCACUGAUAAGGGUCUUGAAUAUUUGGCUAAUUGCAAGUAUGUUACAAGUUUAGAGCUUCUUGAUGUGAGUGGAUGUUCAGGUUUAACCAGCAAAGGUCUGAAUCUUUUAGCAAAAGCAUGUCCACGACUUAAGCCGUAUAACCUUUUUUAUUGUGAUAUGAUAUCAGAUGGUCCAUUUUCUGAAGAAGCCAAUGGAUGUCAGACAGAAGGUGGUGAAUGUUGCAUGAAUUAACAAAUUUUUAUGCUCAAGACACAACAGGGUCAAUUAUAUUGAAUUUAUAGUGUCCUUUGUAUUACUUAUAGAUGGACAUUAUGAAACAUAAGAGUAAUACAGACACAUUUGGCCAUGGGAUGUAUUUCUGAACAGUGAUUGUUCUAUGUAUGUAAUGUGUGUAAUGAAUGUACAUAAUGUAUGUUGAAAAAUAAUUUCUAGUCAGUGUAGACUUUGCAUCAGACACUAGUCUGCAGAUCCAAGUUGGUGCUAUUAUAGACUAUAUCAUUUGGAUAAAGCAUGUGUAAUUCUCCUAUUUGACACAAAGUGGUAGAUAUGCAUACCUGAAGGAGAAGAAUGAUUGUACUUGAAAAACUCUUGAAUGAAUUUGUUGCAUUCUCUUUAAAUGAGGCACUUGUUUGCAAGAUAGAUUGCAAAAGCAGUUCGAUUUGCUGGCCACAAAAUCUGGUGUAUCAAAGAAGAUACCUGUGAUUAAAUUUGUGGAAUGAGAUUAAAUAUUGAGUGAAUUGAGCUUUAGUCCUGGAAUCAGGAACUUUGAUAUGUGUGUCUUCCAUGCAAGUUGUACUACCUUUAUAUUAGAUUUUAUUAGGCCCCAAAAUAUUUUUAAAAACCUUCUCAGUCUUGGUGAAUGCCCACAUGUUGGUGAAAGGUAUGCAUGUUACCUGACAUUGUAAACAGUUGGUGUUCUUUGGUGUUUCCUGCCAUGCUGAAGAGAUUUCAACAUGUACUGCAAAUUUCUCUCUGUACAUAUGUACCUGCAAAUGUAAACAGUGAUGUUUUUAAUCUGUAUAACUUAAUCCUCUGAGUAUCUUUGGUUGUGGAAUGCAAUGAGUGAAGUGGGUAUGUUUUAUCUAAUGUUUAUAUUAGUCUUGCAGAUAUUUUUGAAGUGCGAUAGGAAUUCGAAUUUCAAAGCUGCAACCUUUCAAUGCCAUGCUUGUAAAUAUUUGUGUAUAAUAUUUUCAUAAUCUGUUAUUAUAUUGGCUGUAUAGUGGAAUGUAAACUGCUCAAGGUGACAUCUUUCCACGAGAUGUUGUAGUUGAUCUCAUUAGUGAAUUGACAUGUAAAGUGUGUGUAUGUAUAUAUGUAUAUACUCAAGGUUUCAUUGGCCUCCCCUGUGAAUUGUGGGCAACUUCAAAAUGAAAUUUACAUAAACAUUUUGUACCUGUGGUUUCAGGUGUUAUUAUCUUGUAUUUAUUAUGAAGUUUUAAAGCUACCCAUAUAUUUUAUCAUAUAUUCUAUCUCCUAUUAGCACUUAUUUGUAUGACCCUUAAAUGUACCUAUGUUUCAUCUUUUGACAUGGAAUUAAAAAGAAAUUAAUUUAUCUCCUGUUAGAUGACACACGCAUAAUGCAACUGGUCUUUGCAAAACAGUUUAUCAUAGGUUUUUUUCAAGGAAAUUGAGAGUUCUUACUAUUACAUUACAAGUACUUUUUAAUUACCUUAAAAUAAAGUUGGGUUCCAUUUACUUAUGUUAAUAACAAUGAUAAUUUGAACAAAGGUGGAGAGGACAUUAUUGAAAAAUAAUUAGGAUUUUUAUGGAGCAUUCUUUAUUUUCUACAAAUCAACUUCAUUUAUUCCAAGGUGGGUUUUGAGUGAUCAAGAGUCCAUAUUAACUUUAUAGACCCAUCAUUGGUCAUUAUGAAGAUCUCUAAGUAUGGAACUAUUCCAAAAAGAAGUGUGGAUGUUUAAUCACAUUAAUGGCAUUUAAAAGGGCAAUCACCUAUGGUGUUGACAAAAUUCAAUUGUCAUUCCAUCUUGAGUGUGUUUCAAUUAAAAUGGCUGUGCAAAAUUGCUGUCCUAGUGUCCUUUCUUAUUAAAUGAAGACAAUUUUGAUUUGACAUUUGGAAAAUUGACAGCUUCAAUUUCUUAAAUAAAUUGCUUGUUAUAAACUAUUCAGGAUAUAUGUGCAGUUUUUUAAUUAGUUAAUUUAUAACCCCUACAAUAUGUUGUAUUUUCUUAUUUAUACAUGCCAACACUUCAUUGGUAACAUAUCUUUCCAGAAUCAAGUAAUGUAGUUCUAAUCUUGACUUGGUAUAUUUUGGUACUAAGGCUUUUUAGAAAAAAUGUAAACAGUUUGUUCCCAUUUGCUGAACAUUAUUGUAGAACUACUUGUGUGUUAAAUUUAAACAUUAUUAAUUACUUAUGUGUAUUUCACAAAUUUUAAUUUCACUCGUUUGUAACUGUUCCUAACUACUUUCAUUGAAAAUGUGUUAUUAACGGCUCCCUUUGCCUCGUGUUUUACAAAUGUUUUAGAAUUCAUGUCUUUUAUAGAAUUUGUAAAAUGAAUUAUAUUUGGGAGUUAUAAUGGCGUAAUUUGUGUAUUAAUGGCUAACUUUGCAGUUUCCAGUCAGAUUUCACAAGUAGAAAAUUUGGGCUAGUUUUAAUGUUAUGAAUGUAAUAUAUAGUGAAGUUGGAGCUAUUGUGCAUGUGUGUAGAACCCUUCAUUCUUCCAGGCCAUCUUACCUUAGAGAAAGUCAUGCUUACCUUGUACUCUCUCAUUUAUUGUGUAUCGCAAUUUCUGUUUUAUUUUCAAAUAGGAGUUUUUUUAUAAGUUUCUACUGCUCGCCCUUUUUUUUAUUUGAUGGCUUGUGGUUGGGCACAUUACAAUCUUGACUUACAUCAGUAAUUCCUAACCAGUAAGUUGAAUUCAUGGAAAUUAUCAUACUGCCUUUUAUCCACAAAUUCAUAUAAACAUUCUAUUAUUUUAUUAUUUUAACCUUUUGAUUUUCUUAAAUGUUAAUUUUGAAUUGUUGUAAUGUGCUGUAUUAUUUAGAAGUUUUCAUUUUUGUAGGAGGAAACUUUUGAACACUGCAUACUUUAUACCUAUUUAUUACAUUAUUUUACAAACAUUUGCGACAAAAAUAUUUUUUAUAGUAAAAUCUCAUAUUAAGAACAAAUUAUAUUGUAAUUACAUAAAGCAAAACACUGUGCUGAUAUAUUUGCAUUGGUUAUUUUACCCAAUGUUUAUUAUUUAAGAAUUGAUUGGAAUGGAAUUCUGUAUUCAGAAAAUUGAAGUUAUCAGCAACCUUUCUGAAAUGAACACUUAUGUGGAAAUAUGUUUGUUACUCUUUUAUCCAAUGCUUUGAAAGAAAAGUAUUUACUCUCAAAAUUGCAUUCUGUGUGUAUGAGUAAUUAUCUCCCGAUUUUUAAUUUAUUUUUUAUUCUUGUCCAUUUCUAUCUUUAUCAUUUCAG